CCUGGACCCUGAGACGACCGCCCCCCUCCCCUGAAUAGGUAGGUAGGCAGAUUGCCUCACCUUCCUUCCCUCCACUUUCCCCGUGUUUUCAAGGUGUCGGGUCCCUUCCUAAAUUCCAUCCGUUCCUUCCAUUCCUUCCAGGUUGCUUCCCGUCCCUGCCCGCCUCAAUCUCGCGCGCUCUUUCCCUCCUCGCCCCCUUCUUGCUUUCUCUCGCCAACAAGCACAAACCCUCCCGGGUAUUCACUCUUUUGUUCCUUCCUUCCUGCAUCUCUUCUGGGCACCGGCCACUUUUUCGUUGUGUCUCUGUCCCGCCAAACUGUUUUCGCCCUUCCUCACACCAGUCACUCCUUGCAUAAAAAAACCGUUGGCAAUCAGAGAAUGCGAUAGCAGGGGCUCCGAAUCCGGUUUCACAGAAGCGACACAGGGGCGAAUCCACUCAUUAUAGACGAGCAAUCCGCAACCCGCUUGCCGCAACCGAACGAUAGGAAUUCGAGGACGACCAAGGCGAUAGUUGCGACAGGAAGCAGACGGCUCAAGCCAGGGAAUUAAAUACGAAAGGGAGGAUUCCAUUUUACUCGACGCGACGUGACGAAAUUUACAAUACUAUCGGAACUCGAGGGUAUUCCAUCGUCAUUACAAACGAUUAUCCAACCGUUACAUCAAAUCCACAAUAAUCCGAUCCCUCCUCAGUCGCAUCAUGAGUUCCUCAACAACUGCCGCAAGCCUCCUGGCACCCGUCGCCCGCGCUGUACACUACCUCGCUGCGCGCGAUGAUUGCGCGGAUGGAGACAACAGCUCCCGCUGCGAAAAGCCCUUUCAGUCCUCCAAGAUCAUCGGCAUCACUAUCGGCAUUACUGCUGCUGUGCUUAUCUGCGGUACCCUUGGUGUCUUGACUGUGUUGCACAUGAGAAGACAAAAGCAGGAGCGCAAGGAGGACGAAAUCGACCUCGAGAUCGACGGCGACGUCUACGACCACCCGACCAUGGGCAAACCCCCGCGCGCCUGGCAGCCGCAUGGCCAAAAUAACCAACCUGGUAACGACAACCCCUUCGAAGCCGAGCGCCAGCCUCACCAGCGAGCCGAGAACCCUUUUGAGCCGGAGCGCCGGUAGUUACUCAACUCGUCCCGUGAUAGGGACCUCUUGGGUUUCAGAUACCGCACUUUAGCUGCACUUUUACACGAAUGGAAUAAUUCGUCAACAAUUAUUAUGGGUUUCGGGAUAUGUCGGAUUGGAGACUUUCUUCUGCUCGUUGGGUGAGGGGAUUGUACAUAAGCCCGCUCCCUCGAGGACCCAAUUUUGGUCAAUCAUCUUUGCGAGCAUGGCACUGCGUCUUCGAAACUGUUCAUUUUCUUCGCUGAAAGGGUCGGAUACGUUACGAAGUCAUGGUUUCCGAUGUUCUACGUCACUCGGACCCACCGCCUAGACUUUGGGGAACGCGACAAAUGACUGGGAGGAUUGGCAGAGGAUGGGGCAUAGCCUCGGCACAAAUGGUCAAGGUUCAACUCUUCUGCUGCUUGGCAACCUUGGGGGAUACAGUCGGUUGUGGGGAGGUAACUUGCAUAUUGGGCUUGGUGAGG